AUGAAAGUCAAUUUUGAUUUAAUAAAAACAAGAGAACCACAGAUAGUGUUCGAUGUUCCUAUUGACGAAGAUGAUAUUAGAAUGGGUGCAUCGGAUAAAUCAUUUCUAUUUUAUGGUAAUGAUUCAAAGAAAUUAGAUUUAUAUGACCAAACUGGUUUGAAGCAUACUGAGAAAUUAACUAUUACAAGUAAGAUUUGGGAGAUUGUUUGGUCAUCGCAUUUCGAUAGGUAUUUAUUACAAGCGGAUACUUCAUUUUAUACAUAUGAUGAGCAAAAUCAUCAAUUUCAGCUUCUUAAACAAAUUAAACCCGUUGAGCCAAUAAUAAUGUUUUGUGGUUGUACUUGUUUCGAAGAAAUUUUAUUUAUUUAUUAUGAAGGUUGGGGUUGUCGAAUAGAAGAAUGGAAUAUGACUGAUUUCAGCAUAAGAAAGUACUGGAAGAAUGAAACUGAAAGGCGUAUUAUUCAAAUGCUAUUUUCUAUUAAAAAUCCAAAUCAUAUUGGAGUUACUGUUAGUGAUCAAAAAGACAUUCGUCGAUUUGAAUUACGUGACAGAGAUAUGAAAAUAUUGAAAGUUGUUAACAUAGAUCGAUGUUCAUGUCCCAUACCAAUACCGACAACAGGUGAUUGGUUGAUUUCCCAUAGGGAUUCCAAAGUUUUCAGUCUAGUUAAAGACGACUGUACAUCAGAAACGAUUAUUGAAUAUAAUGAGAAUGUUGAAAAAGCCGUAUUUCUUGCUGAUUAUAAUUGUUUGGCCAUUGCAACACAAAAUAAUCAAUUACGUUUUUAUUACGUUUUAUAA